AUGGCCACGGCAUGUUGUUUGUUGGUGAUUCCAUUUCCAGGAGCAAAAUUGACGGCAGUGAACGAGUAUGAGCUGGUCAGAAGAAGGAAGGAUGUAAGUUUGUACGGCGGAAGAUAUCCUUUUCCAAGGGAAAGGAAUGGAAAUAGAUCCAAUAUAAAAACCCAGUCACCAAGUGGUUCCUGCAAAUGUCAGCUGAUAGAUCUCGCCCCUGCAACCUCUGCUACCUACGGGGCCCUGCUCCUCGCCGGCGGUCUCUUCGCCUUUAACAAGUCAAGAAGCAAGGGCUCGCUGUUUGGGGGAUUGACAGGAGCUACACUUAUGGCUGCGUCUGUUUUUCUUUGUGUUGGUGGUAAUGGUUUUCAAAUGCAGGCUUACUUUUUGAUGCAACGAGAAGAAACAAAAGCUGUUGGUGAUGCCCUUGGCUUUGGAUCCGCUUUCCUCUUCUCUUCUGUAUUUGGUAUACGAUUGGUGGGUAGUCGAAAGCUGAUUCCUGCAGGUCCUUUGUUAGGUUUAUCUAUCUGUGCCUUGGCUGUGUUUAUGUCGUCCUACUUUCAAGAUAGUCUCUGA